AUGGCGGCAUGGGGCGGGGGUGCAGAGAACUCCUUCAACAUCCUGGACCUGGCGAAGUACACCAAGAACCAGCCUUGGUGGCGCAAGGUCUUCACCCCCAGCUUGGCGUUGAGCGCUGACAAGUACAACAUGGCCACAGAGCUGCUGAUUUUAGGGGUCACAGGAUGGGGUACUGGAUUUGUCUUCCAAAAAGUUGGAACACUGGCAGCGACAGCGGUGGGAGGUGGCAUUUUCCUACUUCAGAUUGCAAAUCACACAGGAUACAUCAAAGUGGACUGGGAGUUGAACAAAGCCAAGCAGCAGCUGAAAUUUCACAGCAGUGGUAAUAAAAUGUCUCCAGAAGUGAAAAGCAGAGUGGAUGAGGUGGUCAUAUUUCUGACGAAGAAUGUUAUUGUGACUGGAGGGUUUGCUGGAAGAUUCUGGCUCAGAAUGGCAGCCUAA